AUGGCCGCUCCUCGCUCAACAUCGUUGCGCGCCCUUCGUGUGCUCUCCCAGCAGAACAAGGCUGCUCCCUCCAUCCGCCGCAACUUGCACAUCACUGGCGUUCACUCUGCCCAGACUGCCAAUGUCUCGGAUCGUGCCUCCCUCUACUCGGCUCGUACUCUCACAGACCUCAAGAAUGAAUGCCAAAAGAGGGCAUUAGGAGCCACUGGCAGCAAGCCCGAGCUCGUUGAACGUCUCUCCAACCAUGACUUCCUUCAAUCCCGUGCCUUUAGCAUCGCCAUGAGAAGAAUCAACGGCAGUGCCUUUGCAGACUCCGCUCGUCAAUUCAACACCUCCCGUUCCCAAAAGGCCGUCAAUGACUCUUCCACUGUCGACUUUGCCUACAUGCCCUCCAUGGCUGAGCUCGAGGCUACUGCUCCCCGUGCUGGCCCCCGCAUUCCGAUCCUUCCCGACCAGUACUCGCAUCAUGUCCCCAACCAGUCGAUCCCAUCUGACGCGGCUCCACCCAUGAAGCCCCAGGUCUACUCUGUCUCCGGUGCGGGGUCCGAUGUCGCGGUCAGUCCCAUGACCGAAGUCGUCGACAAUGAGUCCGUGGAUAUUGACCCAUUCUCGCUCACGGAAGCCGUUGGGAAAUCUCGCUUCGGCGCAGAGAUGCAAAAACAAAAUAACGGGUCGGAGGGCCAAGGUAUAGCCAAACAGUUGUGGGGUGGCUUGCUCGAUGAUCUUUUAGGUCCUAAACAGAGUGCCUUGAGCAAGUGA